CACCCCAGCACCACAGGAGGAGGAUGCAUCCUCACGACCCCAGUUCUGCAAGUGGCCAUGUGAGUGCCCACCAUCUCCACCCCGCUGCCCACUGGGGGUCAGCCUCAUCACGGAUGGCUGUGAGUGCUGUAAGAUGUGUGCCCAUCAGCUUGGGGAGAACUGCACAGAGGCUGCGGUCUGUGACCCCCAUCGGGGCCUGUACUGUGACUACAGCGGGGACCGCCCGAGGUACGCAAUAGGAGUGUGUGCACAGGUGGUCGGCGUGGGAUGCGUCCUGGACGGAGUGCGCUACAACAACGGCGAGUCUUUCCAGCCUAAUUGCAAGUACAACUGCACGUGCAUUGAUGGCACCGUGGGCUGCACCCCACAGUGCCUCGGUGCGCGCCCCCCACGUCUCUGGUGCCACCGCCCUCGGCGAGUGAACGUGCCUGGCAGUUGCUGUGAGCAGUGGGUUUGCGAGGACGAUGUGAGGAAGCCGCGCAAGGCCACACCCCGUGACACUGCUGCCCUCGUGGUCGCAGGCGACGUGGAACCAUGGCACAGUAAUUGCAUAGCCUACACGAGCCCUUGGAGCCCCUGUUCUACCAGCUGUGGCUUGGGUAUCUCAACUCGGAUCUCCAAUGCCAACGCCCGGUGCUGGCCCAAGCAGGAGAGCCGUCUGUGCAACCUGCGGCCCUGUGACGUGGACAUCCGCCCUCACAUCAAGGCAGGGAAGAAGUGUCUGGCAGUGUACCAACCCGAGGCACCCACGAACUUCACUCUCGCAGGCUGUGUCAGCACCCGUUCCUACCAACCUAAAUACUGUGGGGUCUGCACGGAUGGCAGGUGCUGCAUACCCUACAAGUCCAAGACCAUUGAUGUGUCCUUCCAGUGUCCCAGUGGGCCUGGCUUCUCCCGCAAGGUGCAGUGGAUUAAUGCUUGUUUCUGCAACCUGACCUGCAGGAAUCCCAAUGACAUCUUUGCCGACUUGGAAUCCUAUCCUGACUUCACAGAAAUUGCCAAUUAG